GGUUAAUCCAUAUGUUGCGUUACCAAAUUUGGUCAUGGCAUUGUCCUGGGAAUUAACGAGUUGGCGGAGCUAGAUAGUUCGUGUGACCGAUUGGGGGCGCUGUCUUUACUGUGUAAUACACUAGGAGUUGUUAUUAACUGAAUUAAAAGACGUUAAUAUCUCACUAGAACCAAGCUUUUCUUCCAAGAUGCCUUUGGUCGUUGAUCCAGCGUUUCGUAGUGUGAAGGAUAAGCCAGAUGGAAUUUGUAUUUGGAGAAUUGAGAAAAUGCAAGUCGUUCCUCUUGACAAGAAGAACUAUGGCCAUUUCCAUUCCGGAGAUUCAUAUAUUUUACUUUACAAAAACAAAAGAUCUGGUGAAGAAAAUGUUCAUUUUUGGCUAGGAAAAGAAACAUCACGGGAUGAAGCUGGCACAGCAGCAAUCAAAUCUGUAGAGCUUGAUGAUUGUCUUGGUGGGGCUCCCGUCCAAUACAGAGAGGUACAGGAGCACGAAAGCAAGAAAUUCUUGUCCUAUUUCAAGUCUGGUAUUCAGUACAUGGAGGGUGGAGUAGCAACAGGCUUCAAGAAAGUGGAAAAAGAAAACAUUCAAAGAUUACUGCAAGUGAAAGGCGGUUUCAAUCCAAGAGUUUUUACAGUACCAUUUGCAGCUUCGUCCAUGAACGAUGGAGAUUGUUUCAUCCUGGAUAUUGGAGCUGAAAUGAUCAUGUGGGCUGGAAAGCAAGCGAGCCGUCGCGAGAGAAUUAAGGCUGCUGAAGUUAUGAGACAAAUCAGAGAUGACGAACGAGCGGGAAGAGGCUCGCUUUUCUUUGUUGAAUCUGGUGAAGACUCGCCAACUGCACACAAGUUCUUUGAAAUAGUUGGUAACCCUGGUGACGUGAAAGAUGCGAAGGAAGGGGGAUCGGAUAAAGCUGCAGAGGUUGCGUCUGUUGGUCUGUACAGGGUAACAGAUUUCAGUGGCGAUGGCAAAGUAGUUAUGUCUAAAGUCUCCAAUGCUCCACUGGAACAGAAAAUGUUGGACACAAAGGAUUGUUUCAUCGUUGACACUGGAGCAAGUGGUGUGUUUGUUUGGGUUGGAAAGCAGGCAACUCGUGAUGAAAGAGCGAGCUCAAUGGUAAAGGCAGAGGGGUUCCUUGCUGCGAAGGGACACGCUGAUUGGACUCCGGUCACACGUGUUAUUGAGGGUGCCGAGACUCCGUUGUUUAAAUCAGCGUUCGCAAAAUGGAACUACAAUGUAGCAAAGAACCUUCCCAGUCCAAGUGGGACAAGUGGCCGUGUUGCCAGCAAGGAAGUGAAGACGUUUGAUGUGAAAUCUAUGCACACAAGUCACCGCGAGGAGCAACACAUGCCGGACGAUGCCCGCGGAAGCGUGCAAAUAUGGAGGGUUGAAGAUUACGAAUUGGUUGACUGGCCUAAAAGCAGAUAUGGUAUAUUCUUUCAAGGAGACAGUUAUGUCGUUUUGUAUACAUACGGCAAGCAAAACGAUAAAUUCAUUAUCUACUAUUGGCUGGGUCUUGAGAGCACACAGGACGAGCAAGGAGCUGCAGCGUUGCUGAGCACGAAACUGGACGACAAGUUUGGUGGAGAGCCCGUACAACAGCGUGUGGUUCAAGGUCAAGAGCCUGAGCACUUCCUGCGCAUGCUCAAAGGCAAGAUGAUCGUGAAACGUGGCGGUAGAUCAAAGGGCGCAGCGACGGUAAGCGAAGCUGAAGAACAAGGCGGCACAGUUCAUUUGUAUAAAGUGCGCGGGACGAACGAAUGGAACGUAAGAUGUAUACAAGUCGAUUUGACCGCGACGUCUUUGAAUAGCAACGACGCAUUCAUCUUGGUGACCCCGCGUGGAUCUUUCGUGUGGUGCGGGAAACGCGCGAGUGGCGAUGAACGAGAGUACGCGAAAGCGGCGACACAGAUGAUCUCGGAAUCGGCGAAGCGAUACGAGCUCGUUAUGGAAGGCCAGGAACCUCAAGGAUUCUGGGACGCAUUGGGGGGUAAAAAGGAGUACGUGUCCUCGCCCAAGGAGGAUAACACGAUGGAUGCCCGUCCGCCUAGGCUCUUCCAUUGCUCGAACGAUAAAGGAUAUUUCUACGCCGAAGAAGUGUUUGACUUCACUCAGAACGAUCUUGAAGAAGAUGAUGUUAUGAUUUUAGAUACGUUUAGGGAAGCUUUCCUUUGGCUUGGCAAAGACUGCAAUGCCGUUGAAAAGAAGGAAGGUUUGCUGACUUUGCAGAAAUAUGUCGACACUUGUAACGAUGGUCGUCCGUCAGGAAAAGUGAAUAUGCUGGUCGUGAAACAGGGCCACGAACCCAUCGGCUUCACGAGCUGGUUCCCCUCUUGGAGCGCUGAUAGGGCAGCACAGGGCAAGAGCUUUGAACAACUGAAACAAGAGCUCAGUGGUGGAACUGGAGUUACCACAGUUGACGAGGCCCUCAACGUCUAUAACAAGAAAUACUCGUUGGCAGAAUUGCAGCAAAAUCCACCACCUGAAGGUGUUGAUCCAUGUCAUAAAGAGCGUUUCCUAAACGAAGCAGAGUUUGAAAGUGUUUUUAAUAUGACGAUUGAAGCAUUCAGCAAACUCUCAGCCUGGAAGCAAGGUAAUGCCAAGAAGAGCGUUGGCUUAUUCUAAGUGUUGGUCUGAAAAUAAACAAUGUUGGUGUAACUAGCAUAUAAUAUAUUGUUGUUAGGUUUGAAUUUUUUUGCGAUUUUGUUUGGUUCAUAUAAAUUUGGCGACUUUAUAGCGAUAGACUGGUUGUAGAUAAUUAUUCGUAGCAAAAUCAUGCACUUACAAAAUACAGCAUUUCUCUACAUUCUUUUCAAACGCAUAGCAGUUCUUUCUGCAUGCAAUGAUAACUCAUCUUUAUAAUAACUAUCCGUAUUAUUAGUUUCUAAUCUCGAAAUGAUAUACUUUAAGAACUAGAUGGAUAUAAUUUUCAAUUUAUUCUACGUAUUUUUUGUUAACAUAUUCGCUGUGUGUGGUGGUUGUCCACAAAUCCACGCUUGUAAUACUCUUAUUCUCAAUCAAGUAUGCAUUUGCUGUUCAAUUUUCGUGUUGUGUUAUUUUGAAAUAUAUGUAUUUUGAUUUUUG